UUACUCGGGUACCCGACCAACAGUUGCCAACACAAUGAUACAGCUAUCCUAGCUGUCUAGCUACAGUAGCUAGAUAAUAGCGUUGACAAAUCCGAUUAGGAUUACUACUACAACUAUGGCCGGGGAGGCGGUGGACGAUAUACCUGAGUCGGGAGCAGUCUUUACCUUCGGAAAAAGCAAAUUUGCAGACAACAUUCCCAGUAAAUUUUGGCUGAAAAAUGACACACCCCUAAACAUUGCUUGUGGAGAUGAACACACAGCAUUGAUUACAGAAAAUGGAAAGCUUUUCAUGUUUGGCAGCAAUAACUGGGGUCAGCUUGGUUUGGGAUCAAAGACGUCCGUGAACAAGCCCACUUGCGUGAAAGCUUUGAAGGCUGAAAAGGUGAGGCUGGUGGCCUGUGGGAGAAACCACACAAUUGUUUAUACAUCUCGGGGACAUGUCUAUACCUCUGGCGGAAACAAUGAGGGUCAGUUAGGCCUGGGGGACUAUGAAGAGAGGACUGCUUUUCAGCUGGUAAACUUCUUAAGCACACACGGACCAAUCAAAAUGCUUGCUGCUGGCUCAAACACAUCUGCUGCUCUGACUGAGAGUGGGAAGUUGUUCAUGUGGGGAGAUAAUGCUGAAGGCCAGAUUGGCCUGGGUAAGGAGAGCAAUGUCACCACCCCCCAGGAAGUCACAGUGGGCUAUGCCGUAUCCUGGGUGGCCUGUGGUUACUACCAUUCAGCCUUUGUCACGGUGGAUGGUGGGCUGUUCACGUUUGGUGAGCGAGACAGUGGAAAACUCGGGCUUACCACUGACCAGCUGGCUGGUCACCGUCUCCCCCAGCUGGUCAGGGGCGUCACGCAGCCAGUCAUUAAAGUGGCAUGUGGAGGUGGACACACCGUGGCACUGACAGAGGAGGAUGUGUACACGUUUGGCCUGGGCCAGUUUGGCCAGCUGGGCCACGGAACAUUUAUCUUUGAGGUGCGGCUGCCCAGAGCUCUUGAGCACUUCAGGAAGGGGCGGGUCCAACACAUCAUGUGUGGGGAGAACCACACGGCCGUGAUCACAGACAGUGGCCUCCUGUACACGUUUGGGGACGGAAGACACGGGAAGCUGGGCCUUGGAGAAGAGAAUUUCACCAAUCAGUUCAAACCCACUUUGUGUUCGCGCUUCCUCAAGUACAAUGUCAAAGCGGUGACCUGCGGUGGCUGUCAUAUGCUGGUGCUGGCCAGGUACAGGGACAAGAGCUGUGAGGAGGUGACCAUGGAGGAGGACGACGUGACAGAGAACUACCUGGAGAAGUCUUACACAGAGCUGCUAGGAGACACGUCCACCAGCCUCACCAGGAGUCUUUCUGCUAGGGUCAGGAGGCGAGAGAGGGAGCGCUCGCCCGAGCAGUUUGGCUCCAUGUUCCACACCCUGCCCAGCCUGACGUCCGGCCACCUCAACCCCCUGUCAGUGUCCAGCCAGCUGGCCCACAGAAAGGUGCACAACGACAUUCACCAACACAGGAGCACGGGCUCAAACCAGAAGGAGCGGAGAAAUGCAAAGGAGGGAGACUGUCCUGUGGACAACCUAACAGACAACGUCAGCGUCAAAGACUUGGGAGACACAACUGACUUCUUAAAUAUGACUCACGUGAUGAAACUGGACCCCAGUGACAAGACACUGACGUUGUCUCCUGUUCAGAAGAGGAAGGGUAAGCUUGCAAGAAGGCAUGUUAAUGAUGGUGCGAUGGAGGAAAAGAGGGGCGGGGAAAGAGAAAAGUGUAAAGAAACCCAACUCCCAGCAGAGGAGGACGCCCCCAAACCCUCUCCGUCCCCUAAGAGGGCGGAGCUCACCCAGCGAAAGGCACUGCCCGGUGCUCAUGCUUUUCAGGCACAGAGUCCUCACCACAAGAGCUCUCGGCCAUGGGCACCUCAGAGCAGGGGCAAGGAGAACCUCAUCAUGGCUCUGCAGGCCAUCAACCCCACAGAAAUAAAGGCCCACUCCGCCAGCUCCAAGGCCGUCAGUGUAGGGGGCGUCAGUAAGGCAAAGUCGAAACCGCGUCCUUAUGCUCAGGCGGCAUCUAGGGAGGGGAAAAGGAAAUUAAUUAAGGCUGAGGACAAACGAGGUUGUGUGAAAGGGAAACCCAUUGCUGAUUACAAGCCGAAGCAAAUGCAGCGUGUAGGAUCCAGAGGUCAAAGUGUCGAGGUCACCAAGGCACUUGUAGAGGUCAACCCCAAAUCUAUAAAAAGGUCAAACGUAGAACAAGUCAAGUCCAAGGAGAAAGGUAAAGCUGUUAUGGUAAGAAGUCAGCAUGGAGAUAUAAGGAGUGCACCAGGCAAAAAGGUUCUAGAAAAGGCUGCCAGCAACCUUAAGCCCCCUCAUGUGCUCUCAGAGGGCACUGAGGGUGCAACAGCUAAACCACGCGAACCUCACUUCGAAUCUGACGGUCUCAAGAAAACCAAAAAUGAGAGAAAUGCAAAAGCACAGAUCUCAAAACCGAUCAAAUCUAAGGACGACCAACAAUCUGAACACACGCCAAAGCACAGUACACAGCAGAACCUCCUCACCCAGGUGACCUCUCUAGUGUCGGACCCAGGUCUCGAGGGCUCUCUGAGAAUGGUGAGAGCUGUGGCUGAUGUUAUCCCAUUUGGCUCACCAUCGAGAAGUGAGUCAGCCUGUUUUAGCCCACAGGCUCUGAAAGUCAAGGACCCAAGUUUGUCUGGCAACGCCCGAAGCUCCGCGAGUGACUCACUGGACUCUGAAAACUCUGAAUUGGGCAAGAGGACUGCUGGUAGCAUCAGUAUAACACCAGGUUCCCUGGAGCAGGUGACCGAGGAAAGAAGCUCCAACGUGGAUCCUCAAGACAAGGGAGAAGAGCAGGAAAAAAGUAGUGGAGGGGAGGAGGAGGAGACCUCGGACGAGUCCCAGCGAAGCGACGAUAGAACACCCGUGAAGAAGGAGAGUGGACGCACUGGAGAUGAGGGCGAGGGAGGGGUCGGAACUAGUGCAGAAAGUACGGACGGACACAAAAUCGAUUUUGUCGCUAGGCUCACAGAUAGUCAGGAAUGUGAGCCGUUGCUGCGAGAGGAUGAGGAUGGAGGGAUAUCGGAAAGAGAAGGUAGCGAAGGAGAGGAAGGCAAAAGUGGGACAGGCACAGAGCGUGGAGGGGAAAGUCAGUCAGAGUUGGAGGAAAAGGAGGAUGGCUCCAUGGAGGAGGAGCAAGAGGAUGAAGGGAUUAGUGGGUCGUCGGAGGACCAGGGAAAGAAUAGCGUUGGGAGGGGAGAGAGCGAAGAGAGUGAGGAGGAAGAGGAUGAGAGUGCAGCCAUGUCAGAGAGUGAGGAAGAGGAGGAAAGUGGAGGGACAUCAGAAAGGGAGACAGAGAGCAUGAAGGAGGAAUCUGACUCUGAGGAGGAGCGCAAUGAAGAAGAGGAGGACGGAAAUGAGGUCGAGAGUGGGGAGGAGGAGGAGAAGAGUGAUUCUGUCAAGUCUUCUGAGGAGGAAGAAAGAGAGAGUGAGGAAAAUGAUAGUGAGUCUUCUGAGCAAGAAGAGAAAGAGGAGGUGGAGAGCGAAGAAGAGGAGGAUACGAGUGAGUCUGACAAGUCUGCAGAGGAGGAAGAUGAGAGUGAGGUAGAUAGUGAAACAGAGGAGGAAGGUGAGGAGGAGGAGGAGGCAGAGAGCAGUGCAGGCGAAGAAGAAGGCGAGGGCGAAGAAGAAAAGGAAGAGGUAGAAAGUGACAUGGAUGAGGGCGAGGGAGAAGAGGAGACCAGUCAGAUAGCUGAGGAAGAAAGUCAAGAGGAGGAGCAAGAGGAGGAAAAUGAGAGUGGAAAGGCGGAGGAGGAAGAGGAAGUCAUGGAAAGUGAGGCAGAGGAAGAAGAGGAGGCAGAGCAAGAAGAUGAAAAUGAAAAGGAGGAAGAGGAAGAAGAUGACAGAAGGAAUAAAAAAAAAGCUGAUGUCAGAAAGAAAAGCAAAGCAAAUCUACGAGACGGAUCCUCUGAUGCCAAAGCUGUCAGGACUCAAGCAAAAACCAAACUGAAGCCUACUGGUAAGGGCCAGCCAGCUAAGAAAUCUCAUGAUUCCCAGCAGUUCUGGGAGGAUGUCUUACCACAAUACCUCAACCUAAAAUGAUAGAUAAAAUGAUCUGAACCAGACCAUCAUGUCUCAGGAUAAACUUAAACACCAGUGGAUCGAUUAUUCUCAGUUUUAAUGUUUUUAUACUUUUAUCUUUUAUCUGAUAUAUUGAUCCAAACUCAAUACUUUCUGUCUGCCUGUCAGAACAUUCUCGUUGUCUUUCUCUCAUUGCCUUACCAAUACACUGAAAUGUAAAUCCCCAAAUGCAAAAGCUUGACGAAGCAUGCAGUCCGCUCAAGUCACUGUUGUGCUAAUGUUACUACUGCAGAAUGUGGUUUGUGUGUACUUAGCAAUCCCUCUGCCUUCCCACUAAGUAAUUCCUGUAACAAUUGUAACAUAGCAUUUGAAGGAGCAAUUCCUGCUAAGUUUAGAAUCAGCUGGUUCUCAAUCGCAAUGUAUUUACUAAAGGUCUUCGUCAAUGGUGUGUAAUAAGAAUAGUUUGAGAUUUGCUGUUUUUUCAUGGUUGAAAUUGUCUAAUAAAUACGUAGACACAAUGGUGUCAAAGCAUCACAUUCCAAAUAUUUCUAUAUAUGUAGUUUCUACAGGAAUCUUUAUGAAUUACUAACUAAUUGUGGAAACACACCAGUUUGCAUCCAAGGUAUUUGUGUGAUCUACUUCAGGUGGGGUCCCCAUUCAAUUUCCUAAAAGGCUUCUUCCCCUAGUGAUAGCCACCCCUCCUGUGACUGGUGUAGUGAUCCACUCCUAGAACCCUUUCCCUUGUGAUAGCCACCCCUCUUGUGACUGGUGUAGUGAUCCGCUCCUAGAACCCUUUCCCUCGUGAUAGCCACCCCUCUUGUGACUGGUGUAGUGAUCCGCUCCUAGAACCCCUUCCCUUGUGUUUGUGUUU